AUGUCACCUGCCCUCUUUGCUGUCCCCUCCAUCUAUCUUUUCUACGUUUGUGCAACAGCAAUUUGGAACAUUUUCUUCCAUCCACUGCGACACAUCCCCGGACCAAAACUAUGGAUCGCAUUCCCAAUUCUUAGGCAUAUUUCAGCCCUCCGAGGAAGACUGGACAUCGACACACGGGAGCUCCACGCGAAAUUUGGAGAAGCCGUCCGACUUAGCCCAAACAGUGUAUCAUUCACUACCGCGCAAGCCUGGAAAGACAUCUACGGCCAUGGUCACAAACAGCUACCAAAAGUCCUAUCCUCGGCCAGCAAUCGAGAUGAUAUCAUCAGCGCCAAUGACACAGAUCAUACUCGGUUCCGCAAAGCCCUGUCCCACGCCUUCUCCGCCAAGGGACUUCAGGCACAGGAGCCUCUCAUCAACGGAUACGUGGAUAGACUCAUCCAGCGGCUUAAGGGAUUUGCUGAAUCAGGUCUUCCACUUGAUAUGGUCAAGUGGUAUAACUUGACGACGUUUGACUUGAUCGGAGACCUUGCGUUCGGCGAGCCCUUUGGUGGGUUGGAAACCUCAACAUACCAUCACUGGGUGUCCACCGUCUUUGAUUUCGUCAAGGUUAUCCCAUUCCUCAAGGCGAGGGACUCGUACCCCAUUUUCUGCAGCAUGCUACUCGCCUUCAUUCCCAAAUCAUUCCUCGAAGCUAGGGAGCGACAAAUCGAGCACGUCGGAACAACCGUUCAAAAACGACUCCGCAAUCCUCCUGCUCACGACCGGGCUGACUUCAUGGACUCCAUGUUACGGCAUCGUGGAGAAAAAGACGGACUAAGCAAGUCCGAACUCGAGGCCAAUGCGAAUAUCCUGAUCAUCGCCGGCAGCGAGACCACGGCGACGUUGCUCUCCGGCGUGACGUUCUGGCUCCUCAAGUCCCCCGAUGCCAUGGAGAAGGCUGUACAGGAAGUCCGGACCACCAUGGCCUCGGAAGCGGACAUUACCUUUAACAACGUCACGACUCGACUCCCUUAUAUGAUGGCCUGUCUGAGCGAGGCCUUUCGUAUGUACCCGCCAGUGCCCGGGGAUCUGCAACGCAUGACCCUCGACCCAUCCGUGAUUUCUGGUUACAAGGUCCCAGCCAAGACCAAAGUCUCUGUCCACCAAUCAAGCGCAUACAUCUCCCCCACGAACUUCCACGCCCCAGACCGCUUCAUUCCCGAGCGCUGGUUCCCCGAAGUCAAGACCGACCCGUCGUCGCCGUUCUUCGCUGACCAGCGCGACGUCCUGCAGCCGUUUUCUGUGGGACCGCGGAAUUGUAUCGGGAAGAAUCUGGCAUACACCGAGAUGCGCGUCAUCCUUGCGCGUGUGCUGUGGAACUUCGAUCUUGAGCUUCAAGCUGAGAGUCUUCAUUGGAAUCAGCAAAAAACUUACACCCUCUGGGAGAAGCUUCCGUUGAUGUGUAAAUUGAUUCCACGGGUGAUGGAGUGA